AUGCUGUGUGCCACUUUUCCCACUGUACCUGUGGUCGCACUCACCGCUACAGCAAGUAAAAGAGAUUUGAAAGCAAUAAAGGAAUCUCUUAAUUUAAAGAAUCCUGUAGAGGUCAUAGGGAAUCCAAAUCGGCCAAAUAUUUUCUACAAGAAAUUAUUUCGUAAAGGGGAGGAUGUGGACUUCUUUGAAGAAAUUUUGAAGCCAAUUGCUCUUGGUCUCAAAGAGAAAACAGUAGGUUAUCCCAUCACCAUCUUUUACUUGCCCUCAGGGUGGUGUGGAUUUUCAUUUAAAUUUUUUGAAAUGCUGCUUGGUGAUGACCAGUAUCACUCACUCCAAAGCCCUGGUAAUGCGAUUGCAAGUGUGCCUAAAAUUCCAGAGAACAGGCUUUUUGCACAGUACCAUGCCCCACAAACAACAGCUAUGAAGGAGCUGAUUUUAAAGGAACAUUCAUCUCCAACAUCAACCAUUAGGGUUGUGUUUGCUACAGUUGCAUUGGGUAUGGGUGUAGACAUCCCAUCAAUCAGAAACAUCAUUUAUGUAGGACCACCACGGACUAUAAGGGAAUAUUUUCAGGAAACAAGACGUGCAGGCCGUGAUGGAAAACAAUCUUAG